GUUUUCAUAUAAAGGCCGUCAAAAAUAUCAAGUUCACCAGGAGCUUUUUUCUGAAUUCAUCCUGAAUUGAGAAGAAGACGUAGCGAUGAGUCUCACUGCUAAGGACGUGUCUGCGGUGAAAGGCCUUUGGGGCAAAAUCUCCUCCAAGGCUGAUGAGAUCGGAGCUGAAGCCUUGGGCAGGAUGCUCACCGUGUACCCCCAGACCAAGACCUACUUCUCCCACUGGGCUGACCUGAGUCCUGGAUCCGCUCCAGUGAAGAAGCAUGGAAAGACCAUCAUGGGUGCCGUCGCCGAUGCAGUGGCCCAUAUUGACGACCUUCCUGGAGCUCUGUCUCAGCUCAGCGAACUGCACGCUUCCAAACUUAGAGUGGACCCUGCUAACUUUAAGAUCCUGGCGCACAACCUCAUUGUGGUCGUGGCCAUGCUGUUCCCUGCUGACUUCACACCUGAAGUUCACGUGUCUUUGGACAAGUUCCUGCAGAACGUGGCCUGGUGUCUGGCUGAGAGAUACCGCUAAACUACCAAUAGGAAAAGACCGUCGACUGACGCAGUUCUUCUCUGACAGAGCCAUGUCUUAAUAAAAUCACUCGAUGAACUAAUCUUAA